AUGAUUAAGGGUAAAAAACGCGAAGCAGAGAAAACCAUUGCUGGCGAAGAGCCACAAAAGAAGAAAUUCGCAAAGGUAGACAAAGAUAAUAAUGCAAAGGAAAAGAAAACAGCCAAGUUCAGUAAACCAACUAAACCCAGUGGUGGUGCUGGAAAACCUGGAGAUAAAGGUAAAGCACCAGGGAAAUUUACUGGCAAACCUGGUAACAAAUUUGCUGGUAAACCAGGAAAUAAAUUUGCCGGUAACCCCAAUAACAAAUUUGCCAAAAAUCCAAAUAAUAAAUUUGCUGGUAAACCCAAAUUUGGAAAACCUGAGGGCGAUGGAGGAGCUGGUGGCGGAGAUGCCAAGCCGGAGAAAACAGAUUGGAAUAAAUUCAAACAGGAAAAGAAAGACUUGAAAUUGAAACGUAAACAAGGCAAAGAUACCUAUGAAAUCUCCAUUGAAGCUAAGCAGAUCUAUGAAAAACUCAAAUGCCGCAAGACUGAAAAGAAAGCCGAAUUAGUUGAGAAACUAUACAAUCUAUUUAAUACAGGCGAUACCAUUAAGAAGGUGGUAAUGGCUCACGACACGGCUCGUGUUAUACAGUGUAUGCUAAAGUUUGCCUCACCUUCGGUAAGGGAACAACUGUCGGAGCGCCUCAUGCCCUUGGCUGUGGAAAUGUCCAUUUCGAAAUAUGCCCACUUUUGUGUACUGCGUAUGUUCAAAUAUGGUUCCCCAGUGACCAAGAGUAAAUUGGUUGAUGCCUUCUAUGGUCAUGUUGUGAAAUUGGCUUGCCACAGUGUAUCGAGUAAGAUUUUGGAUCAUGUCUAUUUGAGUGUGGCCAGUGCUAAACAGAAGGCCUACUUGCGUCAGGAAUUCUAUGGUGAUUUGUAUAAAAAGGGUAAAGAUGAUAAAGUUAACACCUUGGCAGAUUGUUACAAAGAUACACCCACCAUGAAGGCAUCGAUUUUGAGUGCGGUCAAGGCAAAUUUGGAGCAUGUAUCCAAUAAACAAUUGGUGGAUAAUUCAUUGGUACAUGCCAUUAUGUUGGAAUAUGUUAAGGAAAUGGAUGAGGACAAAGUGGAGGAGACAGUGACAAUGUUUGGUCCCCUCAUUCCACUAAUGUUGACCACAAAGGAUGGUUGUCAGGCAUCGAUUAUUUGUUUCUAUAAAUCGACACCAAAGAAUAGAAGAGCCAUUAUUAAGACCAUUAAGGAGCACUUGGUGAAAAUUUGUACCCAUGAACAUGGCCAUUUGUUUACCAUUGCUCUGCUGAACAGUUUGGAUGACACCAAGGCAACCAAAAAGGCAAUCUAUGAUACCAUACAUCCUGAGUUGCAAACUCUCAUGGCCAACCAAUGGGGUCGCCGUGUCAUUGAAUGGCUUAUAUCGCCCGGUGGCACCAAUUGUUUCCAUCCCACAUUUAUUGCCACCAUUGAAGAGGGUCUGCAAUAUGGUAAGAAAGAUAAGGAUGUCAGACGUAAAGAAAUUUUCGAACAAAUUGAAGAACCCAUUGCCACAGCCAUUGGGGAAAAUCCCGAAUUUUGGUUAUCAGAUAAACAUAUCGGUUUGGUCACUGCAGAGAUUUUGAUUAAGUUGACGGGUGAUCACUUUGUAACUGCCGCCUCGGCAUUGACCAAAGUCAUUGCCAAGCCCGAUUGGAGUGUUAGCGUAGAAGAUGAAACGACAAAAGAGAAACAGAAAAAGAAACCCCAAGAUGUUGAAAAAAUUAUUGCCGAGGCAACAAAACAAAAAACCAAACAACGUAAGCAGGCUCAAAAAUUGGCGGCAAAGUCUAAAGAGGAGGAUGGGGAUGCCCAGAAUGCCGAGGAUGAUGAUAAGGGAGCUGACACAGUUAAUGUAUUGGGUAUUGAGGAAGCCGGUCUCCAUAUUGUGCUCAAGAAAAUCAUUAAAAAUGACAAGGAACGUUUGGCAGCAAAUGCCGAGGCAGCCACAUUCGGCAGUCUGCUGAUACAAGAACUUAACGAAGACACACUCAAGGCGUGGUUAAAUAUAAAUCGUGCCUGUUUCAUUUUGCUGAAUAUUUUCGAAAACAAUUCCACCGAUGUACAAAAACAAAUGAAAACUUUGCUGAAACCCCACAUGGCUGCAUUGAAAAAACAAAAAUUCAAUGGUGCCCAGUUGCUAUGGAAAAAAUUGAAUUAA